ACCGCAUCGGGAUUCGGUAAUGUGUGGACAGCUUCUUCCGCUAAGCUUAUCAGCGUCUAAAACUGAUGUAGCCUACUGAAGCAGUCUCCUCAGGCUUUUAGGAUCCACAGAGUCAACUUUCUCAUUCCACAAAAUAAACCCCCAAACAUUAUCAGCACUCAUGGAUUCACCAGCAACCCCGCAGCCAGUCAUAUGUGAGGUCUGUGGUACGUUCUUCGAGACACGGCGAGGGCUCUCCAGCCACGCCCGCCUCCAUCUACGGCAGCUCGGUGUGACAUCAUCAGAAAGCAGCGGUGCUCCCAUUGAACUCCUCUACCAGCUUGUCCAGGAGAGAGGUGACUCUCUCCCUGAUUUCAAAGCAGACUCCUCUGUGCCUGGGACAGCCCCUCUCCAAAAAACAUCACAGCAGGAGUCCAGGACACCUUCAGUCCCAGAGGCCAGGAGUGACUUCUUAAAAGCAGAUAGUAGAGUCAUGACAACUCCGCAAAAGAUGCAUCAACAGGAAUCUCCAGCCAGACCGAAAGAGUCACCAAUUGCUCUCCUCCACUCGCCCCCCUCUGGUCUUAGGCUGGGAGAGUCUAGACCAAGUGAAGGCGGCAGCUCAUCAUCAAGCCACAAAACCACAGCCAAGCCAAUGUGGGCACCUCUGGAAACUGACGCCCCCAUCACCUUAGCUUCAGACACUAACAAUGAGGUCCAUGUGUGCCAACUUUGUGGCUGCUGGUACGGGACACGUAAAGGCCUGUCUAGUCAUGCUCGGGAACAUCUGCGCCAGAUUGGAAUCCCUGACAGCGACAUUAAGGGCAGCCCGAUUGAUUUGCUUUACAAGAUCAUGGAAGAGGAGGACCUCAAGCCCAUCAGCAGCGCGAAACAGGAGGAGCUCACCUCAAACAAUCCCCCUAGAUCCUCCUCUAAACGACCUUCCAAUCAAUCCUCUCCACUUGGUUCUCCACCCAGCAAGCAGCCUAAAUCAUCAGAGGACUUUACCUGUAUUCUGUGUGGGGAGGAGUUUGAGAAUCGUAAAGGCCUGGCCAUCCAUGCACGUGCUCACCUGCGUCAGAUUGGAGUGGUUGACCUGCAGGGGAAAAUCUCUGCAAUUGACACCGUCCAGGAACUGGUCAGCAGUGGCAUGCUAGAAGCCACACACUCUCCCAAAUCAUCCGUAGCACUAUCCCCAGCCCCGUUUGCCUCAACAUCGCACCCCUCAAGCCCUGCAAAAUACACCCGGUCUCCUGUCAACAGGGCCCCAAAGGCUAAGAAAGGCUUUCGGCUAGCAGUGGACCCCCUUCAUAGGAAGCCCAAGCCUGAGCCUUUGGAGAUUGAGGUGUCAGUUCAGCCGAAGGGAUCCAGCAAUAACAGCAGCUCUCCCACGGAGAAGUCCACUGCUGCUUCAAAGCCUGUUAAUGCAGUGUCCUCCACGGAUGUACAAUCCACGCCAACAGUUCUUUGUGAUUUCUGUGGCCAGCUGUUUGAGACACGCAAAGCCCUGUCAUGCCAUGCCCGUGCCCAUCUGCGCCAGCUCGGCCUCAGCUGGUCGAUCAAAACAUCACCGAUUGAUCUCCUCAAAGAGGUCAUGAUUCAUGGUGAAGAAGGCAAGAAAGUGUCUGUGCCCACUGGGUCAUCAGGCAAAGGCGUGUGGACCCCUCCAGGCUCCAGAAGGUUCCUGGACAGCCUCCGGUCAGGGGAGCCAGCCACCAACCCUUCCACCUCACCUAUUGAUUAUUCCAUGAAAGAGAAAUCCCCCCCUGGCAAAAGUGGAGCCGCCCACCCCGACGCAUCCUGUGAGCUUUGUGGAUUUGAGUUUGAAAACCGCAAGGCUCUGGCCAGUCACGCUCGGGCCCACCUCCGACAGCUGGGAAUUAUUGAAUGGAAGGCAGAUGGAGCUAGUUCUCCAAUCGAACUCCUCAGUGAUUUGAUCCGGAGGGACCCAGCCAAGGUUGCAGCUAUAACCAGACGCUAUCGUAUGGGAGACCUUUAUAUCAAGAAGUCCCAGAGAGGUGCCGUGUCGCCCUCUCGGUCCACAGACUCUGACUCUGUCUCUGGCAGCAGCCUGAAGCCUUCAGUGAGCAGAGAGAACUUGGGUGUAACUGCCAGCUCAUCCAGACACUCUCACAGCCACACACGGACUACUGCAGCCCACGGCACCCCCAGUGUGCGCUUCCCAAGGGGGCUCCAUCCCCCAAAACAUGUUGUGCCUUCAGGGGAAGAAAAUCCGGACGCCAAUCCCCAGCAGCCAUCACGGUCUGGCAGCAUCCCCGCUAUGCUGCCAAAGCCUCCGCUAACGCCGCUGGUCAAACUGGUGGGCAAAGUCUACUCCCUUCGGUGCAGGUUCUGUGAAGAAGUAUUUCAUGGACCUCAGUCUGUUCAAGAGCGAUGGAUCACACACCUGCAGAAACACAUCCUGUCGCUGGGCUACAAAGGCAAAGCAUCUCCUCCUGCUGCACCCGUGGCAGCUCCAGCACUUGUUCAUCCAGUAGCUGUCUAGUCCACGAAGUCUUUCUGUAAUGUUCAUUUAACAUCAUUUUAUUUCAAACUUCAUCAUUUUCACAACGAAGUCUAAAAGAAGUCUUUAUGUCUAUUUUGAGGCAACAGAUCCGUCUAAAACAUGCAAAUUAAAUGUUUCUUUUUUGUCCCCAAGAGGGCAAACGUUAGCCAUAUGAGGGAGCAGCAGCAGAAGGUAAACCACUCAGGUAAAAUCCACCCGAAACAAUAGAUCACAAUUCUGAUCACUACAAGUUAUUAGAAAAUAUACAAAGAUAUUUCAUCCCUCAUUUUGAGGGUCAGUGCUCUCUUCCUGCUCAUAAAUCCUAACAUUUUUAUAGAUGUUGUAAAUGUGUUGGAAUGCCUUUCAAUAUUUGUCAUUAGCACCAUUCAUGUCCCAGACGGAUAGAACGAUCCUGGUCACUGAUUUUGUUUUUGUCCUACUAAGUAGACUGGUGUGGUUGCCAUUUCACUGUGAUAUAGUCUUUGCUUUUAUAUGCUUUUGAAUUUUAUGUAUUUUUAAGUAUUUUUCUAUAAAUCUGGAUGGAUUAAAUUGUUUCUGAAACACUGAUAAAAGAAAGUUAGAUGCAGAAUUUAUACCCAACUUGUUACAACUUUGUUGAAAAAAAAAAAAAAAGGGUUAGCAGUAAUUUAAUGUCCUGAUAAUCAAAGCCUCAGCCGUCUAGACCAUAGAGACACUGUGUUUCUGUUAUUGCCAUGUUCUUUGGGAAUAAGUGCAAGUUUUUGUAUGAACUAUUUUCUAUUGUCAAUGUCUUGUUAACGUUAAAACUGAUACUUCCCUGACUUUCUCGGUUGCCUAUAACAGCGUGUGGACUGAUUUCUAUGUAGAGGACCCAGGACAAGUUUUUCAAAGGCAACCCCCCCACCCUCCUGCCUGCCAUACUUCCGGUGCUCGAGGUGUUAUCUACCGAACCGAAUGGCAACGCAGAUUUUGGUGCCACUUAAAUAUCUGCGCUGCCCCUCUGGUGCUCCGAAACAGACGUAACAGACAAAGAAAGCUUACUGCAGGUCAUGUUAGUUAACAUUCCACCUGGCAACAGGUAACGCUAGCCUACCGUUAGCUACUAGCUGGCUUAAACACAGUUUAAAUGCUUAGAGCUAAACUGUCUGAAGUGUGGCUGUAUUUUACUGCAAAGAAUUUUCUGCAGCUAAAAAGACACAGUGUAGCCUAGCUGCACUUUCUGAGACACCAUGGCCACCGCCGGAGUCAGAGAAACCCAGACUGGGCUGAUUGGUGCAUUCAUGUGCAACCCCAGAAACCUGACCUAUUGUAAAUUACCUUUUUGCCAUCUAAUGUUGUUUACCAGCAAGUGACUUGUGAAAUAAGUUAUAUCUCAAAUAAAUUAUUUAAAUG